CUCAGCUCCUCUGGCAGGCUGCACAUUGCAGUGAGUCAGUAUCAUGGAGGCAGGCAGCGGGGCUGCCGCAGCGGUGGGGAGUGCAGCACUAGGACUGCUGGGAGCCACAGCCACGUCCAGUCAUGACAUUUUGGACAGGGGCCUGAGGUCUGGCCGUCACCUGGACGACGAGGAUUUUGUGCCGGAGUUGGCUCACAUCCAUCCCCGAGAACGCCCCGACUGGGAGGAGACCAUCAGUGCCAUGGCGCGGAGUGCAGAGAUUCCCGAGCUGCGGUCCGAGCCUCUCAUGAGAUCUUGCAGCAGCAGUACGGCAAGCAUGAAGGUCAAAAAUGUCAAAAAACUCAAUUUUACCAAGGGACACUUUCCCAAACUGGCAGAGUGCGCCCACUUCCACUACGAAAAUGUGGACUUUGGCACAAUCCAGUUGUCCCUCGGGGAUGAACAGUGCGAAGUGACCCGCAACGGCUAUGAAUCCAAGGAGCUGGUCUACCUAGUUCAUAUUUACUGCCAGGGUCGGAGCUGGAUUGUGAAGCGCAGCUAUGAGGAUUUCCGAGUCCUGGAUAAACAUCUGCACCUCUGUAUCUACGACCGCCGCUUCUCCCAGCUGCCUGAGUUACCCCGAGUGGACAGUCUGACCGACCAAUCAGAAUCAGUUUCCCAGAUGUUGUUGGCGUACCUCUCGCGGCUCUCAGCCAUCGCUGACAACAAAAUCAACUGUGGGCCAGCGCUCACAUGGAUGGAGGUCGACAAUAAAGGGAACCAUCUAUUGGUCCAUGAAGAGUCAUCCAUCAAUGUUCCAGCUAUAGCUGCUGCUCAUGUCAUUAAACGAUACAUCGCCCAGGCCUCUGAUGAACUGUCCUUUGAGGUGGGCGACAUCGUGUCUGUGAUUGACAUGCCUCCGAAGGAAGACACCACAUGGUGGAGGGGCAAACAUGGAUUUCAGGUUGGCUUCUUUCCCAGUGAGUGUGUGGAGCUCAUAAAUGACAAAGUGCCACAGUCUAUGACCAACUCUGUGCCAAAACCAGCCAACCCCUGCUCUGGCCUGCAGCCUGCUUCUUGGAGUCUCUUCCCUCCGUACUUGGAGAUGGAGAGUGUUACACAGGACAGUACAUGGGUGGCCGACCCGCUAAACCACUACAGCAUAAGUUCAGUGUCUAAGAAGCACGGAAAGCUGAUCACGUUCCUGCGCUCCUUCAUGAAGUCCAGACCCACCAAACAGAAGCUGAAGCAAAGGGGAAUCCUGAGAGAGAGGGUGUUCGGCUGUGAUCUCGGCGAGCACCUUCUCAACUCAGGACACGAUGUUCCCCAAGUUCUCAAGAGCUGCACUGAGUUCAUUGAGAAACAUGGCGUGGUGGAUGGGAUGUACCGGCUCUCUGGAAUCGCAUCGAACAUCCAGAAACUACGACAUGAAUUUGACUCGGAGCAGAUCCCCGACUUGACCAAAGACAUUUACAUCCAGGACAUUCACUGUGUGGGCUCUCUGUGUAAACUGUACUUCAGAGAGCUGCCCAACCCCCUCCUCACCUACCAGCUCUACGAGAAAUUCUCCGAGGCUGUAUCCGCGGCAACUGACGAGGAAAGGCUCAUCAAGAUCCAUGAUGUCAUCCAGCAGCUUCCUCCACCGCAUUACAGGACUUUGGAGUUCUUGAUGAGACAUCUUUCUCGCCUGGCGACAUUCAGCUAUGUCACUAACAUGCACAGCAAAAACCUGGCCAUCGUCUGGGCUCCGAAUCUACUGAGGUCUAAACAGAUCGAGUCGGCCUGUUUCAGUGGGACUGCUGCUUUCAUGGAGGUCCGGAUACAGUCUGUGGUGGUGGAGUUCAUUCUGAAUCAUGUGGAUGUUCUCUUCAGCCCCAAACUCAGCUCACUCAUACGAGAAGGAGCAGGUCAUAACUCUCUGUCGCGCCCAAAGUCCCUGCUGGUCUCUUCACCCUCCACUAAACUGCUGAGCUUGGAGGAGGCGCAGGCUCGGACCCAGGCCCAGAUCAACUCUCCUGUCACUGAAGACAGCAAGUACAUUGAGGUGGGCGAGGGCCCGGCUGCUCUACAGGGAAAGUUUCACACUGUCAUCGAGUUCCCAACAGAAAGGAAGAGACCCCCUAGUAAGACCAAAAAGUCUCCAGUCGGGAGCUGGCGUUCCUUCUUCAACCUGGGCAAAUCGUCCUCCAUGUCAAAGCGCAAGUUACAUCGCAAUCCCAGUGAGCCCAAUGAGCUGAAGGCAAUGGCACUGGCUGGAGGUAGAGGAGAUACAGCCACUUUAAGAUCAGCCAAAAGUGAAGAGAGUUUGAGUUCUUUGCACAAUGUUGAAGGAGAGUCCAAAGUGUACCGUCCCAGGCGCCCUCGGUCCAGCAGUGACGCACUCUCCGCCUCCUUUAACGGGGACCUGCUGGACACUCGGCAGCACUGUAACUCCUAUGAUAAUCUGGAUGGGACAGAGGACAGCGACGGAGACGAGGGGCCCAUCUGUGUCCCUGCUCUCAUCUCUCCCCCGCGCUCGGCUGGAGAGGACGUGGACCUGAGCCCUCCGGACAUCGGAAUGGCCUCCCUGGACUUUGACCCCAUGUCGUUCCAGUGCAGCGCGCCUGACACAUCCUACGCCUUUCCUUUAGAGGAGUCACCCACGGGAGCAGAGGCCUCUACACUAAAGAGGAGCAAAACUAACGUGUCCGAAGUGCUCUCUGCCUCAUUUCUGGGGAAUAUGAGCACUCCUGUUGUUGACUACAGGCCCACUGCCGGGGAAAAGCGCGAAAACAAGAAGAUGACGAUCUCCUAUUCAUAUAUGGACAAACCAACACAGGCAGUGUCUCCGAUCAAAAGUGCGAAGAGUACGAGUGUGACAGGCUUUGCCACUUCAGAGCUUCUCUCUCCUGCAGCUGCUGACAAAACUGCAUCUGGACAGUGUGUCUCUUCUCAACCAUUAUCCCCUCCAUCACUGCCCACAGACUCCUCUCCUCUGAUGGGCUCUGUGCUGCUGAGGCCAGUGGAGCCUUCGCUGAGUGAAGCUUUUCAAAUGGAACUGCAGUCCAAACUGGCAGCCUUUGACAGUGAAGACAGAGGAGAUAUGAAGGGAGAGAGUGGCUCACUGUCUGCACCUGUCUGCACCAAAGAAGGGGCUGUGUCUUUGGACUCUUCAAAGGAGCUCCCCUCUCAUUCCCUCAGCACUGCCCCUGCCUCCGCCCCUGCCUCUGCCCCUGCCUCUGCCCCUGCCUCCGCCCCUGCCUCCGCCCCUCCUCCUCCUCCCAAAAACACAACCCGGAUGUUGACCCUGGCGCUAUCUGAAUCUUUACAACCAGUGUCAGUCCAGUCCCACUCAGAGCCCCUAACACCAGUGACACCAGUGACGCCACUUACCCCAUCGCCUCAGGACUGCCCCACUUUGGUCCAACCACCACAACCUGCCUCAGAGAGAAAACCUGAACAGGAAACCUCUCCACUAACAAACAGUGCUGCUAUGGCGAACACAGUCCCAUCAUCUCAACCCCGUCCCUCCACCCCUGUCUCAGAAAAGCCCACAGUCAACAGCACCGUCACAGAGACCUCCACCAUCCCACCCCAAAUGGACACAAGCCCCCCAGAUACACCUGUGUACAAAUGUUCCCCUCUGUUGCUUGAAACCUCCACCAACAUCAAAAGUCCAGAGAGGCUGCAGGCAUCUCAACUUUGCACAUCGUCCAGUACCACUCCAGCUACGACCCCUAGUGGCAGCUUUAAGGCUUUGCCGUCACAGCCCACUCCUGAGGUCAUCAAGGUUAAACCAGAGCCUGUUCCACCGCCAACACUUCCAAAACCAACAGAUGUUCGCCCUCCUCCUGCUUCACUGCCCAAAAAGGCACCUGUGUCUCUACCACCACCACUCACUUCCACGGCAAUGCAGAGUCAAAACCAGAACUCCCCCCAGCCUCAGACCAAACCCACCCCUCCUGCACAAUCUGAGAAGACCCCAGCUCCUCAAACACUCCCAGAGACUCUGCUUCCCCAACCAGUCCCUCAAGCUGUACCCCAACAUUUGCCCCAAAAUGUGCCCCAAAAUGUGCCCCAACCUCAGCUUACCUCCAAGGCCAGUGCUCGCAUAGCCCCCACUGCAGCGGAGCCUGUGGAAAAGCCCUGGGAGGCCAUUAAACCAGUCCAACCCAGCACUGAGUCUCAUGCCUCUAAACCUCCAGCUCCUCCGGUCCGUACCAUGGAGAGCAAACUAGCAACAGCUGCACUUAGCCAAAGCGAAGCCCCAUUUCAUGUUCUUGCCGAGGGGCAUCCAGAGGAGCCAGCGCCCCACCAUCCUCUUUCCCCACGUAAAUCGGGCCCUCACCAGCCCCCCUACAUGUACCACACCAAAGCAGAACCACUAAUGGAGCCCCCCGGGUCUGCCUACUACCACCAGAGGCCUGCUCCAAUGGGCCCUCAGCCAAUGCCUCACCACUACAGAGCAGAGAACAUGACCCCUCACCCCUCCUAUGUGUCUAAGUCUGAGCCUCAGAUCCCCUACAGCGCCCGACUAGACCGGUACAGCACUUUAGGCCCACGCUCUUACCACCACUCCAUCAAGUCCAGAGGGAACCCCAGGACUGUGUACAUGACGACAGGGCAUCAGGGUUACGGCCACGACCGUACCCACAGCUACGCCACCAUCCGCAGAGUGCACUCCAUGCACGUGCCCUCCACCAUUCGCUCUGUGCCCAUCCAGAGGACAGAGGUCCCUCCAGACGAUGAGCUGUACUUCUGCCAGCGCCCUGUGUAUCCCUGUAAAGCCUAUCAGCAGCAGCAGCAGCAGCAGCAGUCCUCCUCACAGGCAGACUACCAUGUCACACAGCUGCAACCAUACUUUGAGAAUGGCCGUGUCCAGUACCGCUACAGCCCGUACUCAGGCUCAGGGCCUGUGGACACCCCGUUCUAUGACAUAGACCCUUAUGGCACUAUUCGUGUGCGUCACUUCCACUCCUUCAGAGAGCCAGGGCCAGGGCGACCCAGAGCAAAGACCACAGGAUACCACUACCUCUCGCAUCACGCUGGGCCUCCUGCCAAAGAGCACAGCUUCGUCAGCAGGGACAUUCCGCCAAACCACGGGCCCAAGGAGUCCGCCUACCACACAUGGGACGCAGAGGAGUCUGAGCGGUACCGCAUGCACUCAAUAAGGAGAGAGAGCAGAGCGCGACAGAAGAUCAAAGGCCCUGUGCUCUCCCAGUACGACAACGUGGGCCUCUUCACCCCCUCAGACCUAUCAGGCUACGAGACCCUGCACCUGCGCAGUAAGUCAGACCCAGGGAAGGCUGUGCUGGUUACAGCCGAGAGCAAAGAUGGACGCUACCUCCCAAGACACAUUAUGUCCGACCCUGAGGCUCUCAUGUAUAUGGAGACCGACAAACAGGGAAACAGUGUAGGGGACAAGUCUGAUGGUCUCACUAAACCAAGUGGGACCAAGAAAGUCCCAUCCUCGCAAUCCCACCCUGGAGCGCUGAGUCACAGUGUUUCACAUCAGGACUCUCGUCAUCCAGAGGACAAGCUCCAAGAGAGGUCCAAACAUUGGCAGCAGGAGUAUCCCAACAAGAGGAGCCUCCAGUCACGCUACGACUGCCCUGAUCCAGACCUCCCCCAGAGCAAAGCUAAAACAGCCAGUGGCUACCACAGCUCAGAAGACCAACCCCGAGAAGCCCCCCGCAAACCGGAGCGCUCCCACAGUGUCCGAGAGCACUACAGCCAGAGCAAGCCUGACUUGGAACGGGAAUAUGCUUAUCAGAAACACAGUGUGAAGACUUCACAGUCCCACUAUGAUAACCUGGACGACUAUCACCCCGCACCUCAGGCCCCUGCUCAGAAACGUGGGGCCCCGGGUUCCUAUCCCGGUCCAGGCUUUACAGUGAGCCUCAACAGAGCCUACUCCACCGCACUGGGGCAGGGCGCGUUCAUUCAGACUGAGCUGGGCCUGCAGAGGCCAGAGACUGAGAUCAGAACAGAGUGAAGCGCUUUAAGGACAUGUGUGGUCUUUAUCUGUGUAAAAAGACUGAACGGAGCCAUAGGUGAGCAGCCUCUGCAGGACAGUGGACUGUUGAAUCACCAAACUUUUUGCUCCUCUGUAUUUUUAAUAAAUUGUACAGAACAUUGUAAGACUUUUUACAGAGUCCUGGAUGUACCUGAAUUUAUUGUGAUUUAUUGCGACAUGUCCUAAUUGUAUAUGAAAAAUGUACGGUACAGUGAUUAGGCACUACAGAAAUGUAAAAUAUAAAUAAACUAUAUAGAGAUCUGUAUAUGGAUAGAAACACUAGUAAAGGGGUGGAUUGUAUUUCAGUUUGUUUAAAGGUUUGGAGCGAGGAUCAGUGGGAUUACAGAUUGCAUUUUAGAAAUGCAUGCACUCUUACAGAAAAGUUCUGUGGACUUCACUAUCUAUUGCGUUCUUGCUGGAUGUUAGAGCACAACUUAUUGAAGGAGCAAACCUACAUAAAUGAUCUUUUACCUGAUAAAACGGUUAAACAGUUAUACAGUUAAACAGUAAAUAUUGUACUUGUUUCUCUCCAAGUAUCCAGGUUUAGUAUUGAAACAAGCUGCAGUUAUUUGAUUUCAGUUGUUUUUUGUUUUUUUUUUCUUCUGUGACUGUGCCAUUUCUGUACUUGUAUGUGUGCUAUAAAAUGAGUUGUUUUUCCUGGGGGAUGUUUUGGUGCUUGUCUGUUCUUCUGCGGAAGAGGGACCAAUAGUUUGGCACAGUCUCAGCUCCACUUGCACAGCGCUACAGGAGGGAGAGAUAGACUAUUACAUGUGGCAAGAUCUUUUUUUGUUUUUUGUUUUUGUUUUUCAUUUCUCAUUAGAUGGUGGUACUCUGGUAGCAUGGACUAAUACAAGAAUAAAGCUGAAAAUGUGUACCCUAAAAGUGCAGGGUAAAGAUGCUGCUUUGUCCAUCAAAAACAACUCAGUGAGCCUUAAAUAUUUUCAGAAGUAUAUGUUGACUGCUGUUAACUAUUUGUUCCAAUGCACAAACAUUAAAAUACUUUUGUUGCUUCCUCAGUUUGGGGUGUCACAUGGUAUUACAACUCAUUAUACAGUACUAUGCUAAUACUAAGACAUUGUUGGGUACAGACAUAGCUCUAACUUGUGCUUAGUACUUAAACAAACAUAACUUUUGGCUGAUCAGAAACAAUAGACUAUGUAAUUAUCCAGGUUAAAUGGCUGUCCCUAACCUCUCUCGGGUGUUGCUCCUCUUGCCUUAUUUACUGCCUCAAAUGGGGCAAGGACAUAAGGUUCAAUCAUGUACUUGAAUGUGAAAACUCAUAGUAUCUAAGGUCACGUUGAAAAUAAAGCAAUCUCUUCAGAAAUAAAUUUCAUUUUAGGACUGUUUUUACUCUCCGAUGCUGUUUUAACAAGUUAUUCACAUCACACAUUUUGUGUAGCUGGAAGUUACUGUUCCUUUAACGCGCUGUAAUAAAUGAGUAACUCACAACACAAAGUCAGCCAAAGGUUUGGGGACCCCUGGGGGUAAGAAGGCACUUAGCAAGGGGAAUUGCUCAUUGCAGAUCAGAAGUGAGGUAACACUGGAACAACGGUUUUUUUUACACAUUAUGGCGUGUUUUUACUUUUGUUUUGAACAUAAUAAAUAAAAUACAGCAUACAAAUGUAUAGUAAUAAUAUACCAUAGGCUACUUUUUUUUUCCAGCGUUAGGUAAAACAGUAAGUGCAUUUUAAAAGUAAAAUAAUGGACUAUUUACUGUGUGGUAAAUUGUCUUUUUGCUGAUAAAUAAAGCAUUUUAAAAAAUGAAAAUACAA